AUGGACAUGAAGGAACUUAUUCCAUUGUCUGUGUUUCGUACUGCUUUAGUUUUGAGUCAAUCAACUUCAGCCGAAGGAUUGUCACCGGCUCCAGAAUCGAAACACCCAAGAAACGAGGAGGAUAAUAGCAGUAAAGCGAAUGAUAAGAACGUCUUCGUUGAUCUGAUCAACUCAACGAAUAAAACAGAGGUGGAGCUGAAGGGUAAAAAGAAGAAGAAGAAACAUUCAGUUGCAAAGGAAACAGCGCACGUCGUGCACAAGAAGGUUGUCUCCGGUGGGAAGAUUGUGGAAUUGGAUGAGAAUGAAGAAAAUGACGGUGGUGCGACUGAUGAUCACAGUAAAGGAGAUGACGCGCUGAUCGUUGAUAACCUCGUAUCACUGGAUGAGCCUGAAAAAGAAGGCGGCGACGAGGAUCAGGAAGUGAGCUCAGAUGAGGACGAAGAGGUGGAUGAUGAAAUGACCAGUGAUAGCAGUGACAUGACCACUUUAGAUUCUGAGGGUUCGUUCUGA